CAAUCGAGGGGCGUGUGUCUUGCUGGGACACAGUGGUGGUCUAACCUCUGGUUUGCGGAGCGGUCGGGUGUAUUCUCCGCUCGCCCCCGCGCCUUCGAGGCCCCCGCCGCCCGACCCAACGGCGGAGCCAGCCAGUGGUUCCCGGGGCGCCCUCCCGCACCGAUCCCUCCUCGCUGGGGCGGGACCUGGCCCGACGGCUCCGGUCACUAUGAGUGAAGCAUCUUUCAACCUAAUAUCAGAAAAAUGUGACAUUCUAUCAAUUCUUCGGGAUCAUCCUGAAAACAGGAUUUACCAGAGGAAAAUCCAGGAGCUCAGCAAAAGGUUCACUGCGAUCCGCAAGACCAAGGGGGAUGGGAACUGCUUCUACCGGGCCUUGGGCUACUCCUACCUGGAAUCUCUGCUGGGGAAGAGCAGGGAGAUACUCAAGUUCAAAGAGCGGGUACUGCAGACCCCAAACGACCUUCUGGCUGCUGGCUUCGAGGAGCACAAGUUCCAAAACUUCUUUAAUGCUUUUUGCAGCGUGGUAGAGCUCGUGGAGAAGGACAGCUCCGUGUCCAGCCUGCUGAAGGUGUUCAACGACCAGAGCUCCUCGGACCGCAUCGUGCAGUUCCUGCGCCUGCUCACGUCAGCCUUCGUCAGGAACCGCGCCGACUUCUUCCGACAUUUCAUCGACGAGGAGAUGGACAUCAGAGACUUCUGCACUCAUGAAGUGGAGCCCAUGGCCAUGGAGUGUGACCACAUCCAGAUCACGGCCCUGUCCCAGGCACUGAACAUUGCCCUGCAGGUGGAAUAUGUGGACGAAAUGGACACGGCCCUGAACCACCACGUGUUCCCCGAGGCUGCCAUCCCUUCCGUUUACCUGCUCUAUAAAACAUCCCACUACAACAUCCUUUAUGCAGCCGAUAAACGUUGAUUAAUCUUAGGCCGUGCAGUGGAGCCUGUCACCUAACGGGACUGCAUUCUGAAUGGAACAUUACGGCUUUUCAAUUUUUUUAAGUGAUUUCGACUAUAGUUAGAAAAUGUGCAGCCUUUUGGGCAAAGUCACUGGGAAUAAGGCCUACUCACUACGGACUGGUGGUAACUUGGCGAUAUUUUUAAUAUUUAUCUUCAUGGAGGAUCAAAUGUUUUCCAACUCUGGGCUAGGAAGCCGUAUGCCCCGGCUCUACCCCAGUUCUGAGACCUUGCAUAGGUCACCUCCUCUCUCUGGGCCCAAUUCUUCAUCUGGAGGUUCCUGCCAGUGUUGACAUUCCAGUGUUGUAUAAAAAUGGGGUCCUCUGGUUUAUUUCCACCAGGGGCAGUGCCUCUCUCUAGGGGAAGAAAAGCUCAAGAUCAGCUGUCUUCAGUGACUUACCAGUUCUAUAAAAAAUCAAGUCCAG